AUGUCUCCCCAACCAUUCAGCAGAGCCUGGUUCGAGGACUUUGCUCGUGAGUUCUUCGCCGCUGUCGACUCCAUGGAUACGACUCGCGCCAUGUCGUUCCUCGUCCAGGAGCCAACCUGUCAAUUCGGGAACCAACCCAAGAUCUCCGGGAGGGGACAGGUCGAGAAGGUGCGGGGCGGACCAUGUUCCCUUCUCUUCCUUAUGCAGAUCAUCAGCUAUCUAGCUAUAGUCUGUACGCAGCUGCUCUCGGAUUUCUACCAGGUCUUGCACGGCAUGUCCCACGAGAUCAAGACCAUCGACACAGAUCUCGAGCACCGCACGAUCUACGCUGGAACGGUAGUCUCGUACGUAGUCAAGGGAGAUAGAGAGGAAGCGCCGAUUUCGAUUCCGGUCAUGACCCUGUUGAGGUUCGGGACGGCGGGCGGAGGUGAGGAGAUGAAAGCGCGGGAUCUGAGUGUGUAUUUCGAUCCGAGCAGCGUGUUUGAGAAGAUGAGCGAAGUCCAGUCGAGGGCAUGA